CGCCGCUCUGCCCCGCGCCGUCUCUAUGGCGGCCGCUCGGCUCCCGGCGCGGAGAGGGAUGAGCGCGGGCGGCGGCGCGGCGCCGGCGGCGCGGGCCCGGGAGGCCAGUCCCGGGGCGGGCGGCUUCGCCCCGUCGGCGCUGGGGACCCGGGAGCAUUGGGAUGCUGUGUAUGCGCGAGAACUGCACACUUUCCAAGAAUAUGGAGACACGGGAGAAGUCUGGUUUGGAGAGGAGAGUAUGAAUCGACUCAUAAGGUGGAUGCAAAAACACAAGAUCCCAAUGGAUGCUUCGGUGCUUGAUAUUGGAACCGGAAAUGGUGCUCUCCUGGUUGAACUUGCAAAGCUCGGUUUCUCUAACAUUACUGGCAUUGAUUACUCACCUUCUGCGAUACAGCUUUCCAGAAGUAUUAUAGAGAAAGAAGGGUUAUCUAACAUUACGUUGAAGGUGGAGGACUUCCUGCAUCUCCCCGAGGAGCUGUCUGGCUUCCAGGUCUGCGUGGACAAAGGGACCUUGGACGCCAUAAGCCUGAGUCCUGACGGAGCCACCGAGAAGAGGAGGCAGUAUGUGAGCGCGCUCUCCAGGGUGCUGCGACCGGAAGGCUUCUUCCUGAUCACCUCCUGCAACUGGACCGCGGAGGAGCUGCGGAACGAGUUCCGGGAAGGAUUUGAACUUUUCGAAGUGUUGCCAACACCCAAGUUCAGCUUUGGAGGCCGGUCUGGAAACACUGUGGCUGCAGUGGUUUUCCAAAAAACGUGAGGUUUUCCGCUGGCCAUGCGCAGAGCUGGUAGAGAAGCCACAGCAGCAAACGGGAGGAGAUGCAGGCCGUGACGGCUCAGUGAGUACACAGGCUGCACAUGGCGCGGACACAGGGCCCGGGCGUGCGGCGACAGCCUGAGCCAGCCAGCGUAACUCCAAAUGUUCUCUGUGUUUGAAAUGUAAAUAUUUUUCUUCUUGAUUAAAACACUUUCCUGUACCUGCUGACCAGUUGACAGCUUGAAAGCAGUAAAUGGAUUUACAGAAA